GUUUAAAAUAAGGGAGAAGAAAUGCCUUCAGCUUGGUUAAUUAGUCUCAAGAAAUCAUUUGACUGUAAAUCAGAGUUGUCUGAUGUAAAGGAACCCGUUGGCAACAACAGCAGUGAAACACCAAAAAACCAAUGUUUAUGUGGUUCAGGGUGUUCAAGAUCCUUAUCAAAUUUGAGAGAGAGAUUUCAUGGAAGCAAGAGACACACGGACAAGGCACCUAUGGCUAUUGGCAGCCCGAUAUCUAUUGCGAGCGCUGAGAUUCUCAAUCCGAUAACACAUCAAACAGUUUUCACAGGCUCCAAAUAUGUUCUCGAGAUUAAAACUCAGGAUUCUGGUAAUGAUAGUGGCAAGGGGAGUUCAACUUUUGUGGGAACCCUUAGCCCUGGUACACCGGGACCUGGAGAACACUUUAUGGAGGCAGCCUACAGUGGCAGAAGGUCGAGGGGUCCUUCCGUUUUGGGAGGUGGCCGUGGCAUCUAUUCGAAGAGUAGGAGAUCCCUUGAUUUGGAGUCCCAAUUCUAUGUUUGUCAGAAAUGCAGCGAGGUGGCCGUGGCAUCUAUUCGAAGAGUAGGAGAUCCCUUGAUUUGGAGUCCCAAUUCUAUGUUUGUCAGAAAUGCAGCGAAAGUUUUGAAAAUUUGGAAGCCAUAG